UUCCUUUUUGAGCGCAUGCGCGCUGCCGGGCGUCACCCAGUUCUCCUCUGGAAGGACGGACGUUGGUGUGGGGGUGAGUUGGGUCGCCGUCGUGUACCUCGUUCGGGCUCCCAUACCUGCCGCCGCCUGCUGCUGGCUGUCCGUGGGUCUCGGGAGACUAUAACUGCCAUGUCUGCCGGUACUUUGCCAAAACCUCAGAUGCGCGGCCUUCUGGCCAAGCGUCUGAGAUUUCAUAUCGUUGGAGCCGUAAUUGUAUCCCUGGGGGUUGCAGCUUCCUAUAAGUUUGGUGUAGCUGAGCCAAGAAAGAAGGCAUAUGCAGAUUUCUACAGAAAUUAUGAUUCCAUGAAAGAUUUUGAGGAGAUGAGGAAGGCUGGUAUCUUUCAGAGUACAAAGUGAUCUUGGAAUGUAAAGGUCCUGCUUUUCCUUCUGGGGCCAGAGUGAUGAAGAUGGAGCCACAUUGAUGGACAAUGUCCACGUACACAUAGCCAAAGCCAGUCAGGAACACAACCUGCAGGAAGAAUAUUCAAUAUCUGAUGAAAAAGAAACAAGACACACCACUGAAAUGACCGACUCUCAAUGUCUCAAGUUCUGAUUCAAUUCCACAAACACUUCCUGGUUCUGUUUCUGUAUAUCCAUAUCCAGCUGAUUGAAAGGAAGAAAAGAAAGACCAAAUCAAGAUUUUUCAAUAUCCAGCUGUAAGGUUCAUGGGAAACACAUGAUGGAUGACGGGGCAUGAGUGUCUUCCUUCCCUGCUUCUUUGGAACAGGCAAAUAACCCGGCGAGGGCUGGAGCCCAGCCACGGGCCAGCUGUAUGUGCACAUACGAAUUCCUGUGGAAAAACCCCUCUAAACACUCUGAGAUUCGCGUGCAAUGUGCAGAAAGUUUCAGGCUCUUGAGUGUUGAUCUCCUACCACAAGGAUGCUCUUCUAUGCUGGGGAUAAAACAAAAACCUACCCACAAAGGCCUGUCAUAAUCCUUCCAAGGCCCUCACAUAACUUGUCACAAGAACAUCAGAUAAUGUCAUGUGAAUAGAGUCAAAAUUAAUUUUUCUACAGUGAGAAGGUGGACUCAGACUUAAAAAAAGUUCUAGCUCAGAAGCCAGGUGCCAGGCCAGCAGAACAGAUGUCCUUUCAGCCAUAAAUAGUGAUGUUCCUUAAACGGAUAAAUAUUUGAAAACAGAACUAUUUGAAAAACAACUCCAAGAACACCAUGUUCACAGCCAGCAUUACCUGCGGGUGGAAACAAGAACCUCCUUAUGCUUGGAAUGUUGAUUAUUAUGGUUAGGACAGCAAAUAAAAGACUGACCAUUCCUGGAUGAAGGAACAAAGCCAGGUGCCCACGUGAGAUGCAAUGAAGGUCUUCUCAUUUUGACCCAACGAAGAGUUACCAGGAGUGUACACAGAACCACAGGAGUGAGUCACAGACUCAGAUUUGGAAGCAACCUCAAGGCCACUGAGCUUUUUUCCUGAACAAAUGGCUCUUUCUCCCGGCUGUGCCCAGCAUAUAGGGCACCUAAUGUCAUCUCUGCCCCUUCCCUCUCCUCACCCCUGCAGCCCAGCAGUCAUCAGGGCCUCUACGCUGCUGCCUGCUAACCCAGGACCCUUUUUCAUUCCACACCAUUGCUCCAGCUUAGGCUCUUGUCUGACAGCCCUACAAUAUGCUCUGACACUGUGCCUAGAAUACGCUUUCCCCAUAAAGUCCUUCAAUUCCUGUGUACUUUUGCACAUACAGCUUAAGGACACCUUCUUCCAUUCCCUAAGUUUUCUAGUCCCUUCCUCAGCUCGAUACCAUGCCUACACCUGCAUCCCCACAGUACUUUGACCAUAUUUCUAUCCAAUCGCAAAUAGUAUUGUUUGCCUUACGGUCAUCUGUUUAUAUACCUGACUUACUAGUAGUCAUGAGACCGUCCACUUCCUGGGGGCAGGAGUAGAGUCCAUUUGUAUUCUCUACGGACUGGAUGUGCUUCCCAAAUGGAUUGCUUCACAAAAAUGUCUGUUUCAAAAGACUCCUGUAUCCUGAAUUUGACUGCUGUGUUCCAAGGUCAGAACUGAACUUGACUGUGAUAAAAUCUAGAAUGUAGCAACUUAAAAAAUGGUCCAGCUCACGUAAAACAGGCAUUCUUUGAGAAACACAUUAUAAAA